CCCAAAGGCUGUAAAAAAACCAAUGCAGCUGAUGUUCUCCGCGAUACAGACCCCUUCCUGGAUCUCUGAUCACAGGGCUCCUCGUAAUUUUUCACACAAAGGGCAGCCCUGCCAGAUCACAACCUGAUUUCUGUCCUUGUGCAAGAGUCUGGUUUCACUCCCAUCUCUUGCCCUGGAAUCUCUCGUCAAGCACACGUAUUAUGCCUCAUAACCCUCAGCCCAGAGUACAGCGUGUCUCACAGCAAGUGCGCCUGAGUGAUCGGCGGAACUUUCCUUCCGUGGAAUCCGGAUCCUCUGAAAAGGAGGUCAGUGGCACCCAGGCGCAUGUGGCUGGGCUCCAUUUUGAAAAGGUCGCUUUAUGGUUCGCCACCUUCUGGAAAGCAGAACAGGCAACAUGAAACUGAUGAAUCCUGUCUUUCUCGGACUCUUCAUCCUCGCCUCUUUCGUAUUUAUCUGGGCUUUGAUUUGGAAAGGACCAACCGUCUACCUUCCAUAUUAUCUCCCCUGCCCGGAUGUCUUUGCUAUGAAACUGCAAUACAGAGAGGAAAAAACACCUGAGCUAUUUCCACAGUUAUUUUAUCCACAACCAAACGCCAUGAAACAGACGCGCUCUGAUGUGCUCACAGUGACUCCAUGGCUAGCCCCCAUUGUCUGGGAAGGAACAUUCGACUCUGAAAUCUUGGACAACGUCUACAAACCUUUGAACCUCACUAUUGGAGUCACGGUGUUCGCCGUUGGGAAGUACACCCAAUUUGCGGGCCAUUUCUUGGAAUCGGCAGAACGCUACUUCAUGACGGGCUACCGUGUGAACUACUACAUCUUCACCGACAACCCUCAGGCCAUCCCCGCGGUGCACCUGCAGCCCGGCCGGACCCUCUCCCUGGUCCUCAUGAGAAAACGCACCCACUGGCAAGAGAUCUCCAUGCGGCGGAUGGAGGCCAUCAACAGGCAUAUCUCGGAGACGGCCCACCGAGAAGUGGACUACCUCUUCUGCUUAGACGUCGACUUGCUGUUUCACAACCCGUGGGGCCCGGAGACCCUGGGGGAGAUGGUGGCGGUCCUCCAUCCGGGCUACUACAAAGCUCCUCGAACGAAAUUCCCGUACGAGAGGAGAAGGGAGUCUGCGGCCUACAUCUCUAGUGAUGAGGGGGACUUUUACUACGCCGGGGGGGCCUUUGGAGGCCUGGUCAAGAGAGUGUACGUGUUCACCUGGGCAUGCCACAUGACCAUCCUAGCCGACAAGGCCAACGAGAUCAUGGCGGUCUGGCAAGAGGAGAGCCAUCUCAAUCGGCACUUCCUUUCCCAUAAACCUUCGAAGGUCCUCUCUCCGGAGUACCUCUGGGACGGUUCAAAAACCAGCCCUCCUGAGGUGAGGCUGAUCAAGAUGUCAGCGAUAGUUAAGAAUCACAGGCAAAUCAGGGAGUAAUCCCAGGUUGGAUCCAUACCUAGCAGGAGAGAGGAAGCGUCGAUAUCCAAUUCUCCGCGCUUGGACCGCGGAUCUGUUAGAGAAGUCUCUCCAUUUUUAAAAGGGAAACUGUAAAGUAGCCAUCAUAUUGCAGGCAAAAUGUCAUGAUGUCCUGUAUGCGAAAAUAUCUCCUUGAGUGCAUCCUUGCAUCUGUCUUAUCUAAUAUUAACAAGAGCUCCGGCUCCAGUCCUCCUGUGUCAAAGUUAACUUUCUGUAACUUACUGUCAGGCCAAAGGUAUUGUUUACAGAACAGAGAGAAUUGUUUAGCAUAAUUAGCUAUGCCCCAGUGUUAUGUUCUGAUUGGUUAAUGCUGCAACAGGGCCCUGCCCCUUGCAAGCUCAAAUACUGUACCGUAUUCCCUAUGUCUUUGGUCUGGUUGCUCCCUUUGAAGAG